AUGGAGAUACCUAAAGCAGUGAAAAAUUUCGAAUUGCCUCAGGCAGUUAAAAACAUUGAGCUUCCGGCAGCAAUGAAAAAUAUCGAACUCCCCACGGCAGUGAAAAACAUGGAGCUCCCUGCUGCUGUCAAAAAUUUAGAACUUCCUGCAGCCGUUAAAAACAUAGAACUUCCCGAGGCUGUGAAGAAUAUCGAUAUUCAAAACGUUGUGAAGAAUGUACCAAACGUUGUAAAAAAUGUUCCUAGUGCCGUCAUGAAUAAUGUCCCAGACGCUGUAAAGAGCAUGCACGUCCCUAUAAAUUUGAACACAAAUAUGUUUUCAUCAUUUGCGUCAAGUGCUUUUACGGGCGUUGCCUCUUUAACGAAAACAAUUCAACAAAAAAUGGAAGAAACGACGAGGGAACUUCAAGUUCAACACGAAGAGUUUGUUAAGGAAAUAAAAGAGGAAGCACAAGAACCAAAAGCAGGAACGGUUUCGGAACCAACAUUUUGGAGGAAUUAUUUUUACCGUAUAUCUCUUAUCAAACAAACUGCAUUGGAAUCAAUGAAAGAUAAUGCUUCAGAAAUGGAGGUGUAUACAGAGAAAACGGAAAAAUCAGAAAAUAUAUCAGAAAUUAAUGAAAAACAAACUGAAACGAUAAAGAAUAAAGAGGGCGAAUUAUCCAAUAACGAAGUAUCGUUUGAUGCUUCCAAGUCCGGUGAUAGUUCGGAUUCUUGGGUGGAUAAUGCAGUUGAAUUGGAAGGAUUAGAAGAUGAUGAUGCAGAAGAGCCGGAGAAUUGGGAAGAACAGUUAAAAGAAUUUUCGGAUUUAUAA